GUGAUUUAUGUCGACCGAGUAAAUAGUGUCUGAGACAAUCUUAGCGAGACGGAGAGAGUAGUAGUAUUUCAAAGUAUAGUUGUGAGGAGAUUAAAAUAGUGUAUAUUGUGUGACGAAGAAUUGUGUAGAAGAGGGAAAAAUAUGUAAAAAUGUUGUAAACUCAAAUGCACAAGUAGGACUAUAAAUUUUUAAUUCCCUAUAUAAGACUUCGGAUUAAUUAUCAUUGAUGUGGACAUAUAAAAUUAUUGGGCCAAUUGUCAUGGCCAUUGGACUCCUUGUAAAUAUUAUCGGGCUAUUCUCAACUUUAUUGAGCUUCUUUUAAAUGUUAUUGGGCUUAUUUCAAUUCCGAUUGGAUUAUUCGUGAUGGUUGUUGGGCCGUAGCAAAUGCAAAAUAUUAAGAUGGGUCUAUUCGGAUAAAAUUUAGUGAUUAAAUUAAUUUGAAUCAUUUAAAACAACAAAUUGAUUUAAUUUUAAAUCAAGUCUUUAAAAGAAUGGGUUGAUCCUUUUAAAAUUCAAUUCCUUAAUAAAUCCUCUAUUUUUUCUUCCAAAACAAAUCCUCUAUUUUGGGUCCAAUAUUAAAAAGUGGCCCAAUAUAUAAGAUACAUGGCCCAAGUCAUGAAGCGAGCAAUUAAUCUAGUUAAGAAUUCCACCCAAAUGCAUGGAAAGUAGUUAUGAACCUUGUUAACAAAGUUGCCUAGAUACAUCGCACAAGUGCUGAUUUUUCUAGCUAUGAAAAUGCAAGUAAAUUAAGCUCAAAGCCCAUUUCAAUAGAGACCCUACAGAUAUGGAUGAAUUACUCAAACCCUAAAACAUAUUUCAUCUCUUCCACAUCUAUAAAUAGGGGUCUCAAUUGAGAAGGAAAGGGGAGACUUCCGGAAUAAGAAAACAUUGCCAAGUGACUUUCACGCGCGUUGUAAUAAUCAUACACGACUAUUACCCUUGAUUAUUAAUUAAUAAGUACUACACGUCUACAUUGUCUUGGUAAACUCCCCUUAUUUGUCUAAAACAUAGAAUGAUAGAAGGCAAGAUCAAACCUAUUUGGAUGGGUAAUGUCGGCUACCCUAUAUCUCAUCUUGGCUUUACAGAUGACCUACUUAUUUUAAUUUAUUAAUGGGGAGUCUCGAUCACUAUUGAAUUUCAAGAAAUUUAUUGAAGGCUAUCAGAUUGCCUCAGGACAGACUGCUAACCUAGAUAAAAGCUCUUUAUUUGCGGAAAACCGGCUUUGGGCAAAGUGAAUAUUAUAAAAAACUUGUCGGGGAUGAGGAACUCUGACAAUUAGCUUAUUGCUUGGAAACAGAAGCACCUUACUCGGGGGGGGGGGGGGGGGGGGGGGGGUAAUUUUGAUUAGACAUGUUCUGAACUCUAUCCCUUUACAUAUUCUGGUUGUGGAUCUUUUUCCCAGAAAAGUGAUUAAUAUUCUUGAGAAGAAGAUGGCAGCAUUCCUUUCGGGGUCAUCUAAUGACAAGCAAAAAACUCACUGGGUUAAAUGUUCUGAUCUUUGUUACCCAACUGAAGAAGGGGGUGGGGUAUCAGGUCUUUGUCUACAAUUCAAAAGGCUUUCUCUAUGAAAAUCUGGUGGAAAUGGAAAACUCAUAUAUGAAGCUCAUUCUUCAAAGCUAGAUAUCCCAAAGAAGAUAUGAAUGUUAAAGUCACCGACUCAGCCAUUUGGAGGAGGAUAUGCUUCAAAGCUAGAACAAUUCACAUUAUCCACUGUUUACAAUGAACUAAGAGAGGUUCUUUCCCAUACUUUUACUCAUAGGCAUAUUAGGCAUAAAACCCAACCAAUGCAAAUUAAGAUCUUUAUUUGGAAGCUUCUUCAUAACUGCAUGCCUAUUACCGAUAAUCUGCGGAGAUUUAAUUUGGUCAUAAGGCCUUCCAGGUGUCCUAUGUGCAUGAAUAAUUUUGAUACAAUAAACCAUCUCUUCUACCAGUGUUCUUUAUCAAAACAGAUAUGGAGUUAUUUCAUGAAUAUAUUUCACAUACCUAUUCCAAGACGUCAGCCAUAGGUCAGACAAAUAUUUAUACAAUGGUGGUUGGAGGCUGGUUCUAAGACUAUGGGAGAUCUAUUCAAGCACAAUUUACCAGAUUAAACACCACACUCAACCCUGGUCAGCUAAUUUCUCUAAAAUGAAGCAAAGAAGAAUUGAAACUUAUCUGAUUCAGGAGGGGAUGAUUGCUCAUAACUUCACUUAUGGAAGACCGAUGUUCCAUCGAUGGAAACGACCACAGGGUGAGUAUAAGUUAAAUGUUGAUGCCUCAUUCUCCUAUGACAGUUCGGCAGGGGGUGCCAUUUUCAGAGACAAAUUAAAGGGGGGAGAUGAUUUGGGCGAUACAAUUUCCAAUCAGUGCUAACUCCAGUCAGGAAGCUGAAGGGCGGGCUGUGCUUUUUCCG